AUACACGGCAAAAUAUGGUAAUAAGAAACGCACGUGAUUUUCGAUUAUUCAACAUUGAAUUUUGUAUAAUUGUCAUAAUUUAAAAUGUUUUACCAUGAUUUUUACAAUGUGGAUCCGUUCAAACCUGUUAGUUUGGAAUUUAAUAUGUUUUCGACGGAAGAAGUUAAAAAAUUAUCUGUGGCACGUAUAGACUCACUCAUAUCAUUUACUCCUUUGGGGGAACCUGUUGUUGGUGGUAUGUAUGAUGCACGUCUUGGGCCUAGUCAUCAGGGAAAUGGAAAGUGCCCAACCUGUAAUCAAAAUUCGACUUCUUGUACUGGUCAUUUUGGUCAUAUUGAAUUGCCUUGUCCUGUAAUUAAUCCAAUAUUUUCUGCAUUUGUAAUUCAUUUAUUAAAAAUAAGUUGUUUAUCAUGUUAUAAAGUUUUAAUUCCAAAAGAAGCCACUUUAUUGUUGGCUGCACAGUUAAAGCUUAUUGAUAAUGGUCAACUGACAGAUGCUCAUAGUUUAUCGAUUGAGAUUAAUGGACUCUAUGAAGACGAUGAGCGAAAUUUAUCUGUUGAGGAAUUAGAAAUAUUCAUUAAUCUUUACUUAAAAGAACGUUUGGAAGAAAAUAGUACAUCUUAUGUAAAAAGUGCUAGUGAAGUACGUCAACAUUUUAUUGCUGAAACUAUUAGUCAAGUUGUUCGACGAAAAGGAUGUAUAUAUUGUAAUGAACCACUUAAUUCAAUUUCAAAAUCGUUUUCAAAAAUUACUAUUUCUAAUGGGACUAAAGAAAAAAAGGAUAAAAAAACUAAAGAAUAUUUAUUUCCAUAUGACAUAAAAAAUCAUAUGAGAAAACUAUGGACUAACGAAAAAGAUUUUAUUUGUGCAAUAUUGCCAGUAUUGGCUAGUUUAAAUAUGGAAUAUCCAACAGACGCUUGUUUUAUUUCUGAAGUACUUGUUACUCCAUCUAAUACUCGUCCAAACUUAAUGGUAAAAGGUAAAAUAGUUGAAAGCCCUAGAAAUGCAACUUAUAAGUCCAUUCUACGAGAAGCUAAACUAAUACAAUAUAUACGGUUAAUACGGGAUCAAAAAGUAGAUAAAGAAAUUUUACCAGAAAUUAUUGAACUUGUUAAUGAUAGUCAAGGAUUAGAUCAUUUAGAUAAAGUACAAAUUGGUAUGCAUAAUUUGCAAAUGUGUGUUGAUGCUCUUUUAGAUGGAAAUGCCUUUAAGUCCAGUAGCAAAGAAUCAGCUGUUCGAAUCGGCUUAAAACAGUUGUUAGAAAAAAAAUCUGGUAUUAUUCGUCAAAAUAUGAUGGGUAAACGUGUAGAUUAUUUUGCACGAUCUGUUAUUACUCCUGAUCCAUUCUUAGAUACUGAUCAAAUUGGUAUACCACUUGAAUUUGCUAAAAAGUUAACCUACCCUGUAGCUGUUACUGACUGGAACAAUAAAGGAUUACAUGGGAUUGUUUUAAAUGGUCCAAAUCAUUAUCCAGGAGCAAAUAUGGUUGAAACUGAUGUAGGAAUAGUAAAAUGGUUAUCUGCUACAAAUAUAUCACGUAGAGAGGCCAUAUCAAAAACCCUCUUUCAUAGGGGACCAAAUUCCAGAGGUCCUCAAAUAGUUCAUAGACACGUUAUUGAUGGGGAUAUGAUGCUCAUUAAUCGACAACCAUCUCUACAUAAACCUAGUAUUAUGGCACAUAGGGUAAAAGUAUUGAAAGGAGAAAAAACGUUAAGAUUACACUAUGCCAAUUGUAAAGCAUAUAAUGCUGAUUUUGAUGGAGAUGAAAUGAAUGCUCAUUUACCUCAAAGUGAAUUAGCUAAAUGUGAAGCAAAGGAAUUAGCAAGUGUUGUUUACCAAUAUUUAGUUCCUCGGGAUGGUACUCCAUUAAGUGGACUUAUUCAAGAUCAUAUUAUAUCAAGUGUAAGAAUGACAAUUAGAGGCCGUUUUUUUACUAGAAGAGAAUAUAUGCACUUUGUUUAUCAAGCAUUAAGUUCAUAUGAUCGUAAUAUCAAGACCUUACCUCCAGCUAUUUUUAAACCACUUAUGUUAUGGUCUGGAAAACAAAUUAUAUCAACAAUAAUUAUAAACUUAACUCCUCCUAAUCGUAAAACAUUCAUAAAUCUUAUUUCUAAAUCUAAACUUGAACAAAAAUAUUGGAAAAAUCCUAAUAAUUAUGAAUACUCAGAUUCAUUAUCAGAGUUCAAUUUUAUUGUACGGAAUGGUAAUUUUCUCUCUGGGAUUCUUGACAAAAAUCAUAUAGGAGCUUCUACAUACAGUCUAAUACAUUGUUUUUAUGAGUUAUAUGGAGGAAAAUACUCUGCUCAAUUACUAAGUGCAUUUAGUAAAUUAUUUACUGUCUAUCUACAAUUUGAUGCCUUCACUUUAGGUGUAGAGGACAUAUUAGUGACUGAAAAAGCAGAUCAUCAACGUCAAACUGCUAUUGAUGAAUCUAAAGCUGCUGGCACAUUAGCUGCUUUGGAUUCUUUGGGUGCUGAGAAUGUAUGUGAAGAAAUAAUUAUGGCAAAAUUAGCUGAAUCUUAUAGCAAAAGUAGCCAUUUUUCUGUAUUAGUUGAUAGAAAUUACAAAAGACAUUUACAACCAUUUACAAACAAGAUAACAAGAGCUUGUAUUCCUAAUGGAUUACUUCAACCAUUUCCUUAUAAUAAUUUACAACUUAUGGUACAAUCUGGAGCCAAAGGAUCUACUGUAAACACAAUACAAAUAUCCUGUUGUUUAGGCCAAAUUGAGUUAGAAGGUAAAAGACCACCCAUGAUGAUAUCUGGUCGAACCUUACCCAGUUUUCCACCGUUUGAUACAUUACCUAAAGCUGGAGGAUUUAUAGGUAGUAGAUUUAUGACUGGUAUCCAACCUCAAGAAUUUUUUUUCCAUUGUAUGGCUGGGCGUGAAGGUCUUAUUGAUACAGCUGUCAAAACUAGUAGGAGUGGUUAUUUACAACGUUGUUUAGUUAAACAUCUUGAAAGUCUUAUUGUUAACUAUGAUAUGACUGUUAGAGACAGCAAUGGAAGUAUAAUACAGUAUUUGUAUGGUGAAGAUGGUUUAGAAGUUACUAAGAGUAGUUUUUUUAAUAAAAAACAAUUUGGUUUCUUGGCUGAUAAUGUAGAUUCUUUUAAAGCUCUAAAAGAUAUAAGAAAUGAUGAGUGUUACAAAGAAAUUGAUAAAAAGCUUGAAGAAAUUAAAUCUGCUACAAAGAAAUAUAAAAAUAGUAGUACAAAGAGACAAAGUGAAUUUUUAAAUUGGUGUGAACAAAAUGCUAUAGUUAAAAAAGAAAAACAUUUAAAAGUUAAAAAUGGACGUUAUGUAAGCAAUGUAAAAAUUUGCAAAAAAUGGUAUGAAAUUAAUGAAGAUGAAAAAAAAUUAUACAAUAAAAGUUUAAGAAAAAUUCCUGAACCUGUAAGCGCAACCUUUCAUCCCGGAGGGCACUAUGGCUUAAUAUCAGAAAAAAUGGAUUCAUCAAUUGACGAAUAUUUUAAUUUAUAUAAUCAUGGUAUGAGUGAUAAAGAACAAAAAACUGUUAAAGAAUCAAUACGUAUCAAAGCUAUGGCAGCAACUGUAGUAGCUGGUGAACCAGUAGGAUGUAUUGCUGCUCAAUCUGUUGGUGAACCCUCCACUCAGAUGACGCUAAAUACAUUUCAUUUUGCUGGUCGUGGUGAGAUGAAUGUUACUUUAGGUAUACCUAGACUACGAGAAAUAUUAAUGAUGGCUACGAAAACAAUUAAAACUCCAUCAAUGGAGAUACCAUUCUUACAAUCUAAAAAUGUUCAAAAUGAUGCUGAAUCUUUACGGAAACUUAUGACUAAAAUAACAUUGAAAGAUGUUCUAUCUAAAGUACAAGUUAGAGAACGAGUUAUGUUAAAACCUAUUAGACACAUGUGUUAUGAUUUAACAUUACAUUUGUUACCUCAUCGCUGCUAUGAUUCUACAACUCAUAUCUUACCAAAAAAUGUUGUUAGAUUCAUUAAAAAUAUAUUUCCAGAAAGUCUUAAAAAAAUGUUUAUUAAAAAUUUGUCAAUGAAUUUUAGUGGAGAGUUAAUUUCAGAACAAGCUAAAAGAGCAAUUCAACUAAAUAGAAAACAAAACGAUAAUAUUAAUGAUGAAUUAUUGGAUGAAGUUAUACCUCAAGAGACUAAAUCUAAAACAGUUCAUGGUGUUGAAUCUGAUAGUGAAUCGGAAGCUGGAGAAUUAGAUUCUGCAGCUAUCAAAAGAAAAAAUCAAACAGAAGAAUAUGACUAUGAAAAGGAUGAAGAUGAUCCAGAAAGUGAAGGAGAAGCUGAAAUUGAUGACAAACAAAGUGAUUUUAAUAAUUCAGUUAAUUUAGAAGAUAAUAUUAUUAAAGAUGAAGAUAACAUAUCUACUGCUGAAAUUAUAGAAUCAGAUUUGACUGAUAAAAUGGAAGAAAAUUUAAAAAAUAGUGACAAAGAUUAUUCUGAAAUUGUAGUUGAUGUUAUAGGGUAUGAUAAAACAUAUGCAUGGGUUAAAAUUAGAAUAUCUAUACCUUUAGUUUUUAAAAGAAUUGAUAUAACAGCUUUACUUAAAGAUUUAAUGGGUCGAGUAAUUAUUCAUGAAAUACCUGGAAUUAAUAGAGCUAUUUUAACUGAAGAAGAUAAUAAAUUAAUAUUAAAAACUGAGGGUUCACAGGGUGUAGCAGAGUUGUUUAGCUUUGCCAAUAUUUUGGAUUUAAAUGCAUUAUACUGCAAUGAUAUACAGAUGAUGUUGAACACAUAUGGUAUAGAAGCAGCAAACCGGGUUAUUAUUAAUGAAGUUAAAAAUGUUUUCAAGGUGUAUGGCAUUAAUGUAGAUACUAGACAUUUAUCAUUAAUUGCUGAUUAUAUGACUUAUGAUGGCAAAUAUAAUCCACUAAACAGAAUUGGUAUGAAUGGAUGUCCAUCACCAUUGCAACAAAUGUCAUUUGAAUCUACUCUUAAUUAUCUAAAAAAAUCUACUAUUAGAGGAUUAAAAGAUAAUUUAGUCUCUCCUUCGAGUGCUCUUGUUAUUGGACAACAAGCUCGAAUUGGUAGCGGGCUUGUUAAAUUGCUAUGGCAAUAA